AUUCUUACCCACACAAAAAAAAAACAUUCUAUUUCUCUCUGUUUUGUCUGCAUCUGAAUUCGGUUUCCCUCUGUCCUGUUUGUAAACCACCGUCGAUGAACGAUCGGAGCCUGAGAAAAUCUCUCUCCGGAAAAAGCAACGGUCAGGCGGAUUUAGUCGUUGGAGAUGCCGACGAGAACUUGGAUCUCUUCUCAGUCAACCGUGGUGGCAUAACUUCUUUGGAUGUUUUGCUUAAACCAGGAAGACGUUCUUUGGAACAAGCUAAAGGUUCUAAGCCUGAAACAGAUGAUGAGAAGAAACAUGUAAAUGACUCGCUUUAUACCGUUUUUGAAGUUCCACUGGGAACUCUUUCUAGAUUGGUUCUAGAAGCUAGAAACGUAACUUCCAAGGUUCAGCCCAUUUCUACUACAAAGGCUGGUUCAAGGAGCGAGAGCGAUCCAUCUUCAAAACCAACGCGAAGCAAUUCAACAAUACGUCCCUCUAACAUUCCCACACUUCGUCCCUCCAACAUUCCCACAUUGCGUCCCUCAAACAUUGGCCCCACAGUUCCCACUGUUAGAUCCUCUUCUGCCCCCAAGAAGACAACAACAUCUUCAGCUUCAGCUUCGGUUUCGUCUCCAAAGAGAACUGUCUCUCGAUCCUUAACCCCUGUAUCACGCAAAACACCAUCACGAUCUUCAACUCCUUCAAGAAUCAGUACAACUACUUCAACAACUCCUUCCUUCAAAAAAGCUGGAGACGCUCAAAGAUCAAGAUCGUUGACUCCAAGGUCAAAGCCUCAGAUUGCAGCAAAUUCAGCUACACCUUCAUCAAGUAGGACCAACGCACGUUCUGUGUCUGUGUCAUCACGUCCCUCAGUCACAGCAACACCUCAGACACCACCAAGAGGAAAAGAAACAGUCACUCUAGCGUUCGGUAGACCAGUGGGAACCACAGGGAAUGUAAAUUCACCAAAACGGAACACCUCGCCGGAUGUUACAAGAACGAGACCUAAAGGGCACUCUGCUUCUUCUUCUUCUCCUUCUUCUCUGAUUCCUACUUUUUCAGGUGUCUCACAUAGAGCAUCAAGUCCAAAGUCUGUAAAGCCAUCUGCGACAACUGUUGCGGAUUCAACGAGGUCUGGAAGAAAACUGUCAAAAGCUUCGGUUCAAAUCGCUAACAAUCACUUGGGCGCAAGAAAUGGGAAAGUGGGCACAAAUCCGUUUUCGAGCACAAUGUUGUACCCACACAGCAUCAGAUCUUCGGCUAUAAGAAAGCGUUGUGGUAGUAGUGAAGGAAGCAGCAGCAGCAACCAGGAAGAGGAAGAAGGAAAAAGCUUAACGAAAGAAGGAAACACAGAGAAGAACGAUAGUGCUCGUUACGACGCACUCCUGAAUGUUAAAGAUGUCAAGGAUACAAACUGGCUACUUAACCUUGAUGAUGAAUCUAAUCAUUCUCUCAUCUUCGACAAUGCUUUCGACUCUCCUCCUGAACCAUUCUCUCCUCUUUGAGUCUUUUAUAUCUUUUUUUUUUCCUAUUUGUUUAGGCUAAACUCUAAAACAAGAGUUGCUUGGAAAAACAAUCCUCACUCACUCUUGAGAUUGAGAGAUAUUUGUGUUCUUGAAGUGUUUUCUUGUAUUGGUUGACAAAAAUAUACAGCUUUGAGCUUUUUCUUGUUUUGCACAACAUAUUUUUGCAAGAAAACACUCUGGACUUACCUCA